GCAGAAGAGCGGAAAGCUGCUGCCGAUGGCUUUGGUUUUUUGGCGUCGCCUGAAUGACAGACUUCGCCGACAAAGAUACCCCCCUGGCCCCUGUGUAGCCGCCUCGGUUCCGGCGUUUCACCAUGCCAGCGCAGCGCCAUGAGUCCUGGAUGCAUGCUGCUGUUUGUGUUUGGCUUCGUUGGCGGGGCGGUGGUCAUUAAUUCAGCUAUCUUGGUAUCGCUCUCGGUUUUGCUGCUCGUGCACUUUUCUAUUUCCACUGGUGUGCCAGCUCUGACGCAGAACCUACCAAGGAUACUCAGAAAGGAGCGUCCGAUAUCACUGGGCAUCUUCCCGUUACCUCCAGGAGAUGCGCUACUUACGCCUGAAACUCAGAGAGAAGCAGGGGAGACGCCUGGGUCAGAGCACUGGAAGUUCCAUGAGCUAAGCCAGCCACGGUCCCACACGAGCCUGAAGGAUGAGCUCUCCGACAUUAGCCAAGCAGGCUCAAAAUCUACUACUCCAGCAUCCACAGCUGCUUCAGAUGUACCUGUACUGCCUGCUGAAACUCCUCAAAAGGAAGAUGGUGAAGGGCUUGCAAAUUCCACAGAUAUGCCGAAUGAGAAGCUGGAUGUAAGCAAGAAUAUUGAAGUACAGGUAGCUCAAGAGACAAGAAACGUGUCCACUGGUGGAAAUGAAAAUGAAGAAAAGUCUGAAGUUCAGGCAAUCAUUGAGUCAACUCCAGAAUUGGAUAUGGAUAAAGAUCUCAGUGGAUAUAAGGGUUCCAGCACUCCGACCAAAGGCAUAGAGAACAAAGCAUUUGACCGCAACACAGAGUCACUCUUUGAAGAGCUGUCAUCUGCUGGUUCUGGCCUAAUUGGAGACGUGGAUGAAGGUGCAGAUUUACUGGGAAUGGGUCGUGAGGUUGAAAAUCUGAUUUUGGAAAACACUCAGCUGUUGGAGACAAAAAAUGCACUGAAUGUAGUGAAGAAUGAUUUGAUAGCAAAGGUGGAUGAAUUGACCUGUGAGAAGGAUGUGCUACAAGGUGAAUUAGAGGCUGUAAAACAAGCAAAACAAAAGCUUGAAGAGAAGAAUAAGGAACUGGAAGAAGAGCUGAGAAAAGCUCGUGCAGAAGCAGAGGAAGCGAGACAGAAAGCUAAAGAGGAUGAUGAUAGUGAUGUCCCCACCGCUCAGCGGAAGCGUUUUACUCGUGUUGAAAUGGCCCGUGUUCUCAUGGAAAGAAACCAGUAUAAAGAGAGGUUGAUGGAGCUUCAGGAAGCCGUCCGAUGGACUGAGAUGAUAAGAGCAUCAAGAGAAAAUCCAGCCAUGCAAGAAAAGAAGAGAUCAAGCAUUUGGCAGUUUUUUAGCAGACUCUUCAGUUCAUCUAGCAAUACGGCUAAGAAACCAGAACCUCCUGUCAAUGUUAAAUACAAUGCUCCGACCUCGCAUAUUACACCAUCAGUCAAGAAAAGAAGCAGCACCUUAUCUCAGUUACCUAGUGACAAAUCUAAAGCCUUUGAAUUCCUCAGUGAAGAAACUGAAGCCAGUUUAGCCUCACGCAGAGAGCAGAAAAGAGAGCAGUAUCGCCAAGUGAAAGCACAUGUUCAGAAAGAGGAUGGUAGAGUGCAAGCAUUUGGCUGGAGUCUACCUCAGAAGUACAAACAGGUGGCAAAUGGUGGCCAGGGUGACAAUAAGAUGAAGAACUUGCCUGUACCUGUUUACCUGAGACCUUUAGAUGAGAAGGAUACUUCUAUGAAGCUGUGGUGUGCUGUAGGGGUAAACCUUUCAGGAGGGAAGACACGAGAUGGCGGGUCUGUGGUUGGUGCUAGUGUAUUCUACAAUGAUGUGACUGGUGUGGACGCAGAUGGCAACAAGCAGCAAACAGGAUCUCAGAGUAGCUUAGAUAGACUAGACCAAGAGCUCAAGGACCAGCAGAAGGAGCUGAAACAUCAAGAAGAAUUAUCCAGUCUAGUUUGGAUCUGUACUAGCACACAUUCUGCUACAAAAGUUAUCAUUAUUGAUGCUAAUCAACCAGGAAAUAUUCUGGACAGUUUCAUUGUUUGCAAUUCUCAUGUGCUUUGUAUCGCUAGUGUACCAGGGGCAAGGGAAACAGACUAUCCUGCAGGAGAAGAAGGGUCUCAAGAAGCAGAUCCCAGUCAAGUGGACAAGUCAUCUCUGUGCGGAAGUAUGACUAGCAACAGCUCUGCGGAAACCGAUAGCUUGCUAGGAGGAAUAACCGUCGUUGGCUGUACUGCAGAGGGUGUCACAGGAGCAGCCGUAGCUCACGAUGCGAACGGUGGCUCACCGAUGACAGACAAACAGUCAGCUAUUGCAACAGAAAGUAAUUCAAUAGAUGAGAACAUUCCGACAGCAGAGGAGGCAACAGAAGCAACAGAAGUCAAUGCAGGGACUGGUGAAGACACAGCUGAUAUUGCACAAACUGGAGUCUACACAGAGCAUGUCUUUACAGAUCCUCUGGGAGUGCAGAAUACCACAGAGGCGUCUCCGGUAUACCAGCCUAGUACUGAGUCAGAGUUAUAUAAAGACAUUGCAGUUUUGCCAAACGAGCAAGAUCUAGUGAGAGAAGAAGCACAGAAAAUGAGUAGCCUUUUACCGACAAUGUGGCUUGGAGCACAGAAUGGAUGCCUGUAUGUUCAUUCGUCAGUGGCCCAGUGGAGGAAAUGUGUUCAUGCCAUUAAACUUAAAGAUUCUAUUCUCAGUAUUGUACAUGUAAAAGGAAUAGUAUUAGUUGCACUAGCUGAUGGAACACUAGCAAUAUUUCACCGCGGAGUUGAUGGUCAGUGGGAUUUGACAAACUAUCACCUCUUAGACCUGGGCCGGCCGCACCAUUCGAUAAGAUGCAUGACAGUGGUACACGACAAAGUCUGGUGUGGCUACAGGAACAAAAUCUAUGUUGUUCAGCCAAAGGCCAUGAAAAUAGAGAAGUCGUUUGAUGCACACCCAAGAAGAGAAAGCCAAGUGAGACAGCUGGCGUGGGUGGGUGAUGGGGUAUGGGUGUCUAUUCGUUUGGACUCCACCCUGCGUCUCUAUCAUGCGCACACGUAUCAGCAUCUACAAGAUGUGGACAUUGAACCUUAUGUAAGCAAAAUGCUAGGUACUGGUAAACUGGGAUUCUCAUUUGUGAGAAUCACAGCUCUUAUGGUGUCUUGUAAUCGUUUAUGGGUAGGAACAGGAAAUGGUGUCAUCAUCUCCAUUCCAUUAACAGAAACUGUAAUCCUCCACCAGGGACGUUUACUGGGGCUGAGGGCUAAUAAAGCAGCAGCAGGCUCUGGAAACCGUCCGGGGAGUGUAAUACGUGUAUAUGGUGAUGAAAACAGCGACAAAGUGACUCCAGGAACAUUCAUACCAUACUGCUCAAUGGCACACGCGCAGCUUUGCUUCCAUGGGCACCGUGAUGCUGUUAAAUUCUUUGUGGCAGUACCUGGUCAGGUUGUUUGCCCACAGAGUAGUGGUGGAACAGAGCUAACGGGUGAUAAACCGGCCCAAGAGUCUUUCAACCAGAGUCCCUUAAAAUCGAUGUUGGUGAUCAGUGGUGGAGAAGGAUAUAUUGACUUCAGAAUGGGUGAUGAAGGUGGAGAAUCGGAACUACUUGGAGAAGCUCUACAACUUGAACCUUCUGUAGCCAAAGCUGAGAGGAGUCAUUUGAUAGUGUGGCAAGUAAUGUGUGGCAGCGAGUGAGCCUGCAGGGUGCAGCUGGAGACCUUAAAAAGAAAAAGGAAAAAAAAAAAAGGCAAAAAAAAAAAGCUUCUGCAUGUUUUUUUAUUUUGUGAAACCUGUUUCACUACAUGAUGUUGAAGCGUUUCUUUGCUGUUUAACUUUAUAUUGCAAAUCUGUCAUACCUCUAACUAUACAGGAAUUAGCUUGUGCUGUUUUACUGCACCCCUGUUACAUGGAACAGUAUAAUGGAAUCGGAUCUUUCUCACAAGUGGUGCGUGCACCAUAGUAAGCAACCGAGACAUUGGGUUUGCUGUACCGCAGCCAUCUCGUGUACUUCACUUCUUUGGUAGUCUCACUUGAGUUCAGCUUUGUUACAACUGAGCUUCACUUCACUGUAUAAUGCAUUGAGUAAAACAGCAAAGUUAUUCCCAGAGUAUUAAAAAAUUGACAAAUUGGAAGAUGGAUUAUUAAGACUCAUCCAAAUAUUCAGUGAGGGCUAAAGCA